AUGGUGCCUAUGCUCGGAGUGCUGCCUUUGCAAGGAGUGCUUCCUUUGCAAGGAGUACUGCCUUCGCAAGGAGUGCUGCGUUCGCAAGGAAGGGUGCCUUCGCAGGGGGUGCUGCCUUUCCAGGGAGUGCUGCCUUCGCAAGGAGUGGUGCCUACAAACGUAGUGCUGCCUUCGCACAGAGUGCUAAUUUUGCACAGAGUGCAGCCUUCGCACGUAGUGCUGCCUUUACACAGAGUGCUGCCUUCGCAAGGAGUGCUGCCUUUGCAAGGAGUGCUCCCUCCGCAAGGAGUGCUGCCGUCGAAGGAGUGCUGCCUUCACAAGGAGUGCUGCUUUAGCACGGAGUGCUGCCUUUGCACAGAGUGCUGCCUUCGCAAAGAGUGCUGCCUUCGCAAAGAGUGCUGCCUUCACAAGAGUGCUGCCUUCGCGAGGAGUGCUGCCUUCCCAAGGAGUGCUCCCUUGGCACGGAGUGCUGCCUUCGCUAGGAGUGCUGCCUUCGCAGUGAGUGCUGCCUUCACAGGGAGUGCUGCCUUCGCAAGGAGUGCUGCCUUCGCAAGGAGUGCUGCCUUCGCAAGGAGUGUUGCCUUCGCAAGGAGUGCUUCCUUCGCAAGGAGUGCUACGGUCGCAAGGAGUGCUGCGGUCGCAAGGAGUGCUGCGGUCGCAAGGAGUGCUGCCUUCGCAAGGAGUGCUGCCUUCGCAAGGAGUGCUGCCUUCGCAAGGAGUGCUGCCUUCGCAAGGAGUGCUGCCUUCGCAGGGAGUGCUGCCUUCACAAGGGGAACUGCCUUCGCUAGGAGUGCUGCCUUCGCUAGGAGUGCUGCCUUCGCAAGGAGUGCUGCCUUCGCAAGGAGUGCUGCUUUCGCAAGGAGUGCUGCCAUCGAAGGAGUGCUGCCUUCACAAGGAGUGCUGCUUUAG